GGUAUCGAAUUCUGGCCAAUCAAAAAAAGGUGUCUUGUCUGGGCGUCAUUAGCAUGUGGGUCUGUAAAUAGAGCGGGCGCGAGGCGGGCGCCAAUCAUUUUCUGUUCGUUUACUCGAGAAGCAGCAUCAUGCCCGAUCCAGCCAAGACCGCGCCCAAGAAGGGAUCAAAGAAAGCCGUGACCAAGACGGCCGGCAAAGGAGGCAAGAAGCGCAGAAAGCCCAGGAAGGAAAGCUACGCCAUCUACGUGUACAAAGUCCUGAAGCAGGUGCACCCUGACACCGGAAUCUCAUCCAAGGCCAUGGGCAUCAUGAACUCCUUCGUGAAUGAUAUUUUUGAGCGCAUCGCCGGUGAGUCUUCUCGUCUGGCUCAUUACAACAAGCGCUCCACUAUCACCUCCAGGGAGAUCCGGACCGCCGUGCGCCUGUUGCUUCCCGGCGAGCUGGCCAAGCACGCCGUGUCCGAGGGUACAAAGGCCGUCACCAAGUACACCAGCUCCAAGUAAAGCGUUAGAAAAAGAUUGGUCAUUUAUUUUGCAUUUUCAUGAUAAAUAUAGUCCUAUGAGUAUUACAUAAUGUUUGUUUUUAUAGAUGAGCCGUUAAUUGUGGUUAUGUCCGAACAAUACAAUGCACAGUAAUGAACUGUGUCUGUAAAAUAGCCCAAACCUACCUUCUGUUUCGGGCGGCGUUGUGCUGGAUGGAGCUUGACUGCCCCCGUGUGUCCAAACUCGGGAACGGCAAUUUUCUAGAAGCGGAUUUCUGGGCAAGAACUAUUACAUCAUACAUACAUUUCAUCCAUCAUCCCCAUGAUAAUUGUUUUUGUAAUUUAAUAAUUGUAGACAUGACCUUAUCUUUGAAAUCUUCUUCCCUAUUUGUGGAUAUUCUCUCUCUCUCUC